AUGGCUCUAUCCCGACAAAAAUAUGCUGAUUUACCGGACAUUGACGAAGACGCACCCGAAAUAUACGAGACCCCCGAACUGACCGAUGAUGCUUCGACCAUUCAAACUGCGACACAACGAACAACCUCGCCAGCACCAUCAGACGAAUUCGACAUCGGCCGUCAUGACCCGGAUGCUGGGGUCGACCGUCAGCGGUUAGACCGGGGCGAAGCACGACGACGUUUCGAACAAUCUCGAGUUGAUGCACGAGAUGCCAAUUUCUCUGAUAGCCUGAAUGGUGGGCGCGGGUCAUACAUAAUUAGCACUCGACGGAGCCGAAGGAGAAGAGAUGGUGCAUUCCAGGAAGGGGAUGAGAGCGAUAGUGAGGAUGAAAGUCUGGGAAGGAAGCUGGCUAGGCUGAAGAGGGAGACAGAGGAAGUCAAGUCAGAAUUGCAGAGAAGGGAGAAAGAGAAAGGUGAGGGCGCAAAGGAGGAAGACGACGAAGGAGUGGAAGAUGGUGUUGAAGCGCUCAGCCAGAUGCUGAACGGCUUGGGUUCAACAUUUCGCGGAGCCCAGCGUUCAAAUGGAGCUGCUGGAUCGAAGAAACUUGCGUCGGACCUCGUGGAAAAGACCUCGCAAUCUGGUCUUCGAGAGCCAGCACCACCAGAACCCUCACCCCAACCCCAGCCAUCCACUCUGGCUUCUCUAGCAACCAUUUCCGACCGCCUGACAGCUGUGGAAGGCAGUCUGGGCCUCUCCACAACCACACCCACUUCAUGCGCACCCAUUCUCCCAACCCUGGCGUCUCUCACAUCGCAAAUCACAACGCUAAGCACCACUCUCUCACCUUCUUCCAUCACAAGCCCAAACGCAACCACACCACCCAACCUCAACCUCGAAACCCUCUCAACCCGAGUCCAAGAUCUAAUCUCUCAAACCGACCAACUCACCCUCCGCCGCAGGGCCGCCACCCAAGCCGCCACCGAACUCCGCCAAGCGCGUCUCAAAGCGGCACGGCGGUGCCAUGCCCUCGAACAAGAAACCCUCUCCACCCUCCUGGCCUACGAAGACCAAACCUCCAAAAUCAACGCCCUCUACGCCACCUUACCCAGGAUCCAGGAACUCUCCCCCCUCCUCCCGCUUGUGUUGGAGAGAUUGAGGAGUCUGCAGGCGAUCCACGUCGGUGCCGCGGGGGUGAAGGGGGAUUUGGACGCGGUGGAGAGGCAGCAGGAGGAGGUGGGGAGGAGUAUUGAGGAGUGGAAGGGGGCGGUGGAGAGGGUUGAGGAGGGGUUGAAGGAGGGGGAGGAGAUUAUGAGGAGAAACAAGGAGGUUGUUGAAGGGUUGGUGGCCGCCCUGGAAGGAAGGUUGAAGGUGCUGGAGGCGGGGGGAAGGGGAGAUUGA